CCGGCCUAGCGGUGCCUUGGUGGUAUAGUGUUACACCCAUAACAUGAAGUUCUGUCAAGACACUCCCUGUGUAAAUCACAUUUCAUGCUGAGGUAGUUGCAGCUCUUUCACUUAGAAAGAGGUGAAAGUUGAACUGCAAUUAAUUAUUUGUUACGAAUGUAGCGUGAACAGUGGUAUUUUAUAGUUAAAUAAAGUUUGAACCUUGGUUAAUGGUCGCAGUGAUCGCAGAUUUAAUUACGAACAGUUUGUGUCGUAACAUGUAGUGUCACAGUGGCGGGACAUUAAGGACAGUGCGAUUUGUGGAUUAAUCUGUGUUUGUGCCCAGUCGAAAGUGUGUAGACUCAAGAAUAGUGUAACUUUUCGUGGAAAAUUCAGAAGAGUGAAAUUGGAGUGUUCCAAGAGGACGAAUGUUUGCGCUGUCGAGCGACUUGCAAGCCGGUCUGGUGAUGGUGACGUAUUCAUAGACGUGGUGCCAGAAAAGCGCUUGCCGUAAGGAUGGGCAUUGUGGCUGCCCUGGUGAUACUAAGUUUUGGUCUCGGAGUGGUGACCUUGGCAGUCGGCGGAGAGGGAACGGAAUUGGAAAUGGGCCGUGGUGGUAGCAGUACAGGGCCACCACCGCCACCAGCAGUAUCAGCAGCGCAACGCCCGGAUGCCACAGUCACGCCUUCGCCAGUUCGACACAUCUUCGCCCAAUACCCUCAUGCAACAGACGGCGAAGACAGCAGUGACCUGAUGUUCACGCACUUGGUUGUGGACAAGGGCACGGGACGCGUCUAUGCGGGGGCAGUGAACAAGCUGCUCCAGCUUGAUGCUGGACUGAGAGUGGAAGAAACUGCCGUAACUGGUCCGUUCAAAGACAGUCCGCAGUGUCACGCGAGUGGUUGUGAAUCGCCCGUGAUUCAAACGACUCUGAUGGAAAAUGUGAACAAAGUACUGGUCAUCGACCCCGAAUCUCGAACUCUGAUCGCAUGCGGUUCUCUGAAACAAGGCGCUUGCGAAAAAUACAAGAUGGCGAACAUCUCGCUCCAGCCAGAGUUUAUUCCUACCAGCAUCGCAGCGAACGAUGAAGUAGCGUCCACGUACGCGUUCAUAGGCCCCGAGCAUUAUAACCCCUGGGGCAGGUCCAACGUCCUCUACGUCGGGACGACGUUCACAAACAACGGGGAGUACCGCCACGACGUCCCCGCCAUCUCGAGUCGCAAUCUCUACAACCUGGAAUUUGCAGAGUUGAGCUUCUCCAAGCAAUCCAUUGUUCGUAUUGACGUCAAGUACAGAGACCAUUUUCUCGUCAAAUACGUGUACGGUUUUAACGCAAGCGAAUUUGCGUACUUCGUGAUCGUUCAGAAACAGUCUCCGCUCCCAGGACAGGAGGAACUCGGAUACGUGUCUCGUCUCGCUAGGACCUGCAUUAAUGAUGCUAAUUACGAUAGCUACACUGAGGUGACGUUGCAGUGCCUGGUUAGGGACCCCCAAAGUCCUGGGUCUGUGGUCAAUUAUAAUCUAAUUCAGGACGCCAAAGUCACGCAGGCAGGAGCGGACCUCGCUAUGAGCCUCGGGAUCAAGACUUCGGAUCCCGUGUUCGUGGGAGUGUUCGGGCCGAGUCUUGGAAUCAGCAACGAACCGCAAUCUCGUUCUGCGGUGUGUGUGUACAGUCUGCAAGAUAUUGAGGCGAAGUUCAACGAGAACAUUCAUAUGUGCUUCAACGGUAGCAUUAAGUACAGGAAUAUGGACUACAUAUCUGGUCUCAUCAUGGAUGGCAAGUGUCCUAUGGCUGGGGAGACUGGCAACAUAUUGAAUUUUUGUGAAGUGGGGUUGAAGAUCUCCGGAGUGUCGCCAAUAAGCAGCCAGGCAGCCAUCCACUUCCCAAACACUUCGCUAAUCUCAGUCUCAAUGGCCACCACUGAACGACACACAGUCGCAUUUCUUGGGACGUCCGACGGAAAUUUGAAGAAGGUGUUACUGUCCGGCGCACUUGUUGGGUCUGAGUACGAGGAGAUCACAGUUGAUCCAGGUCGCGCCAUAUUGCCAGACACGACGGUUACACCGGCUGGUGAUUUCCUGUACGUUCUUUCAACGGCGAAGAUCUCGAAAGUAAAAGUGGAGCACUGCACGAGUUAUGGAAACUGCUCCAGCUGUCUGGAGGCCAAGGACCCUUACUGCGGAUGGUGUUCUUUGGAGAAAAGGUGCACCGUUCGCAGCGCGUGCCAGAAAGCCAGCCAGAGUGCCCCAAGGUGGCUUUCGCUGGGAACAGGACAGCAGUGCAUAGACUUUGAACAAGUGCUGCCGGACCGCAUUCCCAUCAGCCAGAUGACUACAGUCCAACUAACAAUCCGCACACUUCCUGACUUGCCUUCAGGAGCAAAAUACAAAUGCGUGUUUGGGAAGGCAGAGCCGAUUGACGCGGUCGUAACUGCGAUGGGACUGUCCUGUCCUACCCCAGGCGUAGCUGGACGCCCAGGAAUCCCCGAUUCGAGAGAUCACGUGCUUGUACCUCUUUCUGUGAGAUCUUCUGAGACCAACAAGGAUUUCGUCAGCCGCAACUUCGCGUACUACGACUGUGCUCGUCAUGCGACAUGCAUGGACUGCGUGAAGUCUCAGUGGGCGUGCAAUUGGUGCGUGUAUGAGAAUACGUGCACUCAUAACACAACUUCCUGCCAGCGCGCCGUCAUCAGCGGAGAAAAUAAUCCUGCUCACCUUAUGUCUCACGGCGCUAAGUACUGUCCUCGAUUCCGUCGUCCAGCAGAGGAUAUUCUAUUGCCAAACAAUGUGCCAAAAGAAAUAGUUCUUGAAGUUGAAAACUUGCCUCAUCCACAAGUCGGGCAUACAGGCUUCCAGUGUAUUGUUAACAUUGAAGGCGCAAAAAUGAUGGUACCAGCACGAGUGGAUAAUCACUUCAUUGUCUGCGAUAAGACAACAUACUCAUAUGAAGCCAAUACAGGGGAAUAUCAAGCCAGUGUGACAAUUGUUUGGAAUCGAAAUCACCACGUGGACACGAUUAAUGUCGUGCUGUACAAAUGCGACAUCCUAGGAUCUCAUCGGGAACAUCCAGAUUGCUCUCUGUGCGUGACCCGUAAUGUGAAGUACCAAUGUACGUGGUGCACCAACACAUGCAGCUUUAGUGAAAGUUGUCUCCAUACGCCAGUGAACGAAUGUCCCAAACCUCGCAUUGACAUGAUCAAACCACUCAGUGGUCCCAUCGAAGGUGGUACACUCGUCACUAUUGAAGGAAGCAAUCUGGGUUUGAAAGAAGAUGACGUUAGAGGAAAAAUCAGCAUAGGAGAGACGCCAUGUGAACUGAUACAGUAUGAAGUGUCUGUGAGGAUUGUGUGUCGCACCGGAAGAUCAGAUGGAGAGAUAUUGGCCCCCGUCUUCGUUGGUAAUGAAGCUGGGACGACCGAGUCUGCUGUUCACUUCAGUUACAAGGAUGUCUUGCUGGAGGGUGUGUUCCCACCCAUUGGGCCCCAAAGUGGAGGCACUCAGCUGGCAAUUACAGGACAGUACCUGAACAUCGGCAGCACAAUUUCUGCAUUCCUGGAUGACUUACCAUGCCAAGUGAACUCCACACAAGCUUCUAGCAGUCGCAUCACUUGCAUGACGUCACGCUGUAACGGUCCCCACCGAAUCAACCGUCUCACUCUCAUCAUUGAUGGUGCCAAUAGGACGCUAGAAGGCAACCCUUUUAACUACACCAUGGAUCCUACAAUCAUGGAGAUUAAGCCUUUAAUAAGUUUUGCCUCAGGUGGCCGAAUGAUUACUGUCCAUGGCACUAAUUUGGACACCAUACUAAAGCCAGAAAUGGUGGUAUACAUUGAUGAAGAGCCUAACCCCAUAAACAAAACAGUGUGCUCUGUCCUGAAUAGUAUUCAGAUGGAAUGCCCAUCACCACCAGUUAAUGGCAAGUUCAGGGCGAUGCGCAGACGAAAACGGCACUCGACGCAGAAGUACACAGUUAUGCAACUGCAGCUUCGCAUUGGAUUCAUUAUGGACAAUGUGGAAGCUGUGAAAGAUCUUGAGAAGCACUUCCAUAAUAUGAGAUCAGAUCUGGUGUAUGUGGAUGAUCCAAAGUUCUUUCAGUUCCCAAACCAGAUCAAAUUGUACAAGGGAGACACUUUGGUUAUCGAGGGUGAAAACUUGAACCUUGCAAGUGAUGAAUCUGAUGUAAAUGUAACAAUUGGAACACGUCCUUGUAAUGUUACAUCCCUGGCCAUGACUCAGUUGGUUUGUACACCACCUGAAGUUCAGCCAUCUGGUACAGAUGAAAUUGGAAUAAAAACAGACACUAGUUUGCCCUUGGUGGUGGUCCGCGUCGGUCGAAGUCUACGCUUUCCAAUUGGAUACCUACGUUAUGAAGUCAUGAAACCUUAUUCAUUUCCUCCUGAAGCAAUUGCUGGAAUUGCUGCAGGGACUUUCUUCCUUGUGUUGCUGUUUGUCAUCGUGCUGGUCGUGUACCGACGCAAGUCCACGCAAGCAGAGCGUGAAUACAAACGUAUCCAGAUUCAGAUGGACACCUUGGAAAGCAAUGUUAGAUCAGAAUGCAAGCAAGCAUUUGCUGAACUACAGACUGACAUGACAGAUCUCACAGCUGACCUGGAAUCUUCAGGAAUUCCAACUCUAGAUCACAAGAAUUAUAUUAUGAAGGUGUUUUUUCCUGGUGUAAGUGAUCACCCCAUUCUAAAUGAUCCAAAGGUGCGAAUUAAUGGACCAAGAACAAAUUAUGAUGCAGCAAUGCUUCAGUUUGAACAGCUUAUCAACAAUAAGUGUUUCAUUCUAACCUUCAUUGAGACACUGGAGGCACAGAAAUCAUUCAACAUUAGAGACAAAGUUAAUGUUGCGUCACUCUUGAUGGUUGUGCUUAUGGGUAAGAUGGAGUAUGCUACUGAUGUCCUUAGAAGCCUCUUACUACGGCUCAUUGACAAAUCUGUGCUCACCAAACAUCCGCAACUAAUGCUCCGGAGAACAGAGUCAGUGGUGGAGAAAAUGUUAACAAACUGGAUGGCUCUUUGUAUGUAUAACUACUUGAAGGAUUAUGCUGGUUCUUCCUUAUUCCUGCUCUUCAAAGCCAUCAAGCACCAGAUUGAGAAAGGCCCCGUUGAUGCUAUUACACAUGAUGCUCGUUACUCACUGUCUGAAGAACGCUUGCUACGAGAGCAGAUAGAACAUGGCAUGGUUACAAUCCAUCUUGUGCAAGAGGAUCCACAUUAUGAAAAAAUCCCUUACCAAACAUAUCAAACCCUUCAUGUGGUUCAGGAUGAUCUUGAUGAGAAGAUCCAGUGUAAAGUUCUGGAUUGUGACACCAUUAGUCAAGUUAAGUCCAAAAUCUUGGAUGCCCUGUAUAAAAAUACGCCUUUCUCAAUGAGGCCAUCUAUCCAUGAAGUAGAUUUGGAAUGGAGGCAUGGACGUGGAGGUCAUUUGACCUUACAGGAUGAGGAUUUAACUACCAAAACCAUAUGUGGUUGGAAGAAGCUGAACACAUUAGCUCAUUAUGGAGUAAAGGAGUCUGCAGUGAUGUCUCUGAUUCCUCGGCAGAAUGACAGCUUCAAUGCGAAUUGCAAACAGCCUUGCCAAAAUUGCACUGGUACAUACUUCACGAACUCACUGUCCCCAAUUAUUACAGCCAAUGGUGAUGUGGAAGCAGGAUCGAAUCUCCGCAUCUACCACUUGGUCCGACCGAUUGAUGAGCACCACUACCAAAACAAUAAAUCCUCAGAACGCACACACAAAGCCAUCCCUGAAAUCUUUCUCACACGGUUACUGUCCACAAAAGGCACAAUUCAGAAAUUUGUGGAUGAUUUCUUCAACACCAUCUUAACAGCUAAUGAAGCUCUCCCUCCAGCAGUAAAGUGGCUGUUCGACCUUCUGGAUGAUGCAGCCAAGAAGCACAAUAUCACUGAAUCUGAGGUGGUUCAUGCCUGGAAAUCAAACAGUCUUCCAUUGAGGUUUUGGGUAAAUUUUAUCAAGAACCCUGACUUCAUAUUUGACAUCAACAAAACAACAACAGUGGAUUCUUGUCUGUCUGUCAUUGCUCAGACAUUCAUGGAUUCUUGUUCCACAACAGAGCAUGAUAUUCCUCACUACCGACAUACAGUAGCAAAUUUUUAUUAUGACGUCCAGAUGUUGCCCCAAAUAACAGAUCAGGAAAUGAGCACAGCCAUGCAGCAGCUUUCGGUGUCUCAGAUUGGAGAAUUUGACACAGUAUCUGCACUCAAAGAGCUAUACAUCUAUGUCACUAAGUAUAGUGAUCAGAUCCUGGAUGCACUUGAUAUAGAUCCUCACUGCAAGAAGAUGCAUCUGGCUCACAAACUGGAAAAUGUGGGUUGUACAUUGGAUGGAGAGGAGACAUCAACAUGCUGACGGCGCGAGUCACCUGAUCUCCUGUUGGCCAAUCUCUACUGAGAUAAAAAGAGAAGAGACUGUGAUAUGCUUCAUGCACAUGCAACUGUAAACUGUGAUCCAGGGGACUGCAAGUGAUGUGAUGUUCUGUUAUGUUACGUUCUCUGUUGGGAUCAGGUGAUGGAACAAUUGAACAAAGAUGUUGGUGGUGCAUUAGUGAAUGAGCGAAUCCGGCUGUGGCAGGGUGGAUGGGAUGUUUGUCAAGCACAUGAUGUUCUCCUGUCUGCCUUCUCUCCUAGAAAUACUGGGAGUAUGGAGACUAUUAGGACAGUCAAGAGUUCCAGAUGUCUUUUUUAAAAGCACAAUAGUUUCCUAACAUUGAGUGCCUCGAAUAUGAUACUAGAGAAAAAAGUGUCAAAAAGUCCCCUCACAAGGAUCUAGAUUUAUGGGUGGAUUUACAGAGCUAUUAUUUUAAACUCCCAUUUUUAUAUAAAAUUAAACUCCUAGAAAAUACUGCUACAAAAUUUUAACUUUGUAAUUACGGUAAGUUGCUGGAAAUGACUUGCCAUUAUUUUGUUGUUCUUUUGUUAAAAAUAAUGCUAGGCCAGAAAGAGACUGUCCGGAGAUCCGUGUAAGUUUGUAUCAUAUGUACAGUAAUUAAAACUUUGAAGAACCCUUCCCAUAGGUGAGUGCAUGUUCAUGCACUAUGCAGCAGAUGUAGAUGAUAGCUUAUUUGAGGCAACUUUGUAUCUGGGUGUACAUUAUGUUAGCAUAAUGUGCCAGCUCGAUCUUAUUGUUGGAAGACUGAAAACUCUGUGGCUUGUCAGAAGAAUGGUUGGCAGAUGGACUGUGAAGAGCAUCUUAUGACAUAAUUUACCAAUUAUUAUAGCUGGUGCACACAGUUAUGGAUGACAUUUUCUGGCUCCUGUUGUGUUCCGUGCAUGAAUGUCUUUGUGUUUUGAAUGCGCUGCAAUGGUCGUAGAAAAGUACUAGUCCAAGCUAUGCUGUGCCCUUAUGUUUCAAUUGACAGCAGCUACACUUGUGUAUUUGGAGGAGUUGGGACCAAACCACACAUCAAGCACUGUAAUGAUUUCUUUCUAGCUUGUGUUGAAAUGACAACAGGACCCAGUACCCUCAGUAUUUUACCCUCACCCUCCUCUUUUUUUGGGGGGAUGUAUAGUAACAAAUUUAUUGUUGUGUAUACUUUUUUAUUAAAUAUUUCUAAGGCUGAGCCCUAAUCAUGGUACAGAUAAAGAAUUUUUAUGCAUCAUAUUUAAUUGCAGCUCCUGGUCUCUGAAUGUCUUUUAUCCAUAAUGCUUUUUUCAUACAUAUGUAUAAUGUUUGGAGAUUCAUUAUAUUACAUUUUACUUCAGUUGUUGCAUAUGGUUGUAAAUUUAUAAUACAAAUGUUUGUGUUUUAAUGUGCUAGCUUUCAGUUGAAUGCCAAAAAAAAUCUGUAUGUCCUCGAUUGAAUUUGCUAAUCUUGCAAUAGAACCAACAGCAGAUGGUACAUGCAAGAUGUGAAGCUUUUAUGGCAGCUAUAAAUUAAAUAAUCAUGAGUGAUCAGCCAUGUCAGUUCAGAGCAGUAGUCAAUUUUGUCCCCUUCAUCAGAAAAUGGUGCAAUGCACUGCUUCCCAAGGUGGUGUGGUAUGUGUACCACUAGUGGUAUGCUACAGUAUUUUAAGGGGUAUGCAGCAUAAAAAUAAUUAUUUAAAAUUGUUCCAGAGUUCUGACUGCUGUCAGAUGAUCUCUAAUAUAAAGAAAAUCGAACAAAUUUGUUAAUACUGAUUAAGCUCAUAAGUUUCUUUAAAUUUUUUAGCUUACCUUAUAGCCUUUCUUAAUUUGUGCCUAAAACUUACUUAUAAUGUGGUUUGACUGCUUGCAAGUUAACUGAUUCUGAUAUAAUUUGGAGAGCGGGCAUGCCAGUAAGUCUGAGAUCCCCAAGAGGCGUAUGCAAAUGUUUAAAAUUUUGGAAAAACUGGUGUAAAGGGUACCCACUAUUGUUUUACACACAAACACUUAUAUACCCAUGGUGCUACACCUCCAAGGAAAAGCGCUGGCCUAUGAAGGAUGUAGAGCAAGAGUCAUCAAACUCAUCACCAGUUUUGUUCACAUUGUUGUACAUGGAAAGUCAGUUCAGAGUGACCCAUGUGGCAGUCUCCUAUUACUGACAUGUUCUGCCAUUCAGAAGCAAGACAAGACUGGACAAGAGUUGAUACAAGUAUUUUAUUCUGACAGACAGAACAUUUGCAUGGCAAAAUUUAGCAGCAUUUAGUCACAACAAUUCUUGAUGGAUCACUGACUUAACUUUCCUGGUGCAACUACAUUUAGUGCAAUGGUGAUGAGAUGGGUUUACACUGACUAACCACCAUGGGCCCUAAUGGCUCUGUAGAUGUAUUACAUCUACUAACAAUGGGUUGCCAUUAUGUUAUUCUCUAAUGGGGGAGAGAGAAAAAUGUUGGACUUCUUCUCUGAAGUAAAGUGGCUGAUUACACAUCAUAUGGUGCAGACUGGAACGUUAUUUUUAUAGUCUUUUCUCUCUCUGUAACUUAUCCCUGUGUGUGAAAUUUGACAGCAUGUGCCAUAGGGGAUAGAAUUCCAAUACUUGUGAUUCUGUUUCUGCUUCUAUUAUGUUGGUACUUAAAAAUCAAAUAAACAGAAUCACAAUUUAUUUCUGUCUAAGUUGAACAAUUUUAACACCAUGCUUAUCCCACUACAUUAUAUUGGGAUAUAAGAAUUGCUCACAGAUGGUUCACUUUUUUUUAUUAGACUUUUGUAUCGUAUGCAGCUGAAGGUAAUUCCAAAUACGCCAACUUUUUAUAAUAUUUUCAUUUUUGACAUUGUGUAACUUAUCUUCCAACACUAAACAUUGAGAUCUUUAAGUGUUGCCAGAAGGUAAAAAGUGUGUAUGACUGUUUAAAUAUCUAGAUUCAAUAGUCAGCAUGUACUGGACACUUUCUGGUUACACAUUAUGAAAUAAAAUAUGUUGAAUAUUUCUUAA